AUGCGAGGACAGACGCCCUCAGCCGAGUCCCAAGAGACAUGGAAAGGGCUGGAUUCAGCCGUGGUGGAGCCGUUGGGAGACAACGGGAAUAGUUUCCUGCCCGGCCGGGGCCACGGUCCGUGGGGUGAGGCGGACGACCCGCCGCCUCCGAGCCGCGGCAACGGGCUGCUGAAAAGUCUGAAGAGGCUGUCUGAGUUGCCCAUCACAGUUGACAUUCUUGUGGAGACAGGUGUUGGGAAGACUGUGAACAGUUUACGGAAGCACGAGUUUGUAGGAGACUUUGCGAAGAACCUUGUAGCCAGGUGGAAGAAGCUAGUGCCAGUAUCCCAAGAGGCAGACAGAAAUAACCUAGAUUCUGAAGACCGUGACUAUGAGAGGAGCAGCUCAAGCAAAAGGCAUCAAGAACCCUCCCUCAGAGAGGAUGAAGAACCUGACCAGGAGUAUUCAGAACCCUUCCAGCCAUCUUGCAGCCAGUCCUAUAGCCCAGAUCACAGGGAAAAGAAGUCCAAAAGGUAUCCUAGGCCUGAGAGAGCCCAUGAGACUUACGGCUAUAGUAGCCACGAGGGGAAGGGUUGGGGCAGAUCUUCCCCAGUGCUCUCUUCAGAUCAGGAGUACUCGGACUAUGGACAAGCUGUGUCACCUGAGCCAAGUGAGAGCCCUCAGGAUAUGUACACAGACCCUUAUGCCUCUGAGGAGCAGGAAGAACCAACAGUAUUUCAUCGGAAAGCCAGUAAAGGCCACAGCUUUCAGGAGAAGUUGGGGGGAGGCCGGGAGAGGAACCCUGGUGAGUUCUGCAACAAAGGGAACAUGAGUCGAAGCAAAGAGCACAAGUCUUCUCACAAGAAGCAGCGACUUGAUGGCAGAGGGGAAGACAGGACCUCUGCCUUCAGCCCAGAAAGAUUGCACAAGACCUCUUUUAAAGAGCAACUCCAAGAAGCCCCCAUGGCAGGGAGCAGCAAGGAGAAGCAGAGGAUGUCAGAUGGUACCAAGAAGGAGAAGAACCGAGAAAGCAGUGCCUCCAGAAAGGAGAAGUUGCACAUGUUGCCACAUUUGGAAGUGUCUUUGGACAACCAUGUUAAGAAGCAAAAACAUCGGGACUCUGAAAAAAGCAAAUUGGAAAAGCCCAAGCUGAGCCUGGAGACCUCUAAUACAGAGCAGGAGAAACGGAAAGCUGAGAGUGACUCGUCAAAUAGGAUUAAAGAAAAGGGGAUUUCUGGGAGCUUAAAAUCUUCAGAGGGGAAGCGCAAAGUCUCCGAUGUGGACAAAAAAUCAACAGGCUUUUCCUCAAAUUUUGGGGAGGGGGAAGCAGAGGAUGAAUUUGAACAACCUACAAUGUCCUUUGAGUCAUAUCUCAGCUACGACCAGCCCCAGAAAAAGAAAAAGAAAGCAGCCAAACCCUCUGCAUCAGCUGGGGAGAAAGACCAAGGGCACAGCAAACAGAAUGGAUCCAAAGCCAGUACCAACAGCUCAAGCUCAAGUCGGAAAAGUCCAAGCCACAAGCGAACAAGUGAGAAAAAGGCAGAGAAGAAACUACCAGAGCCUCCUCAACCAAAGAGGAUACUUUUAGAUGUGGUACCAACAUUACCAGACAUCCCACUGCCCCCGAUCCAGGCCAAUUACCGCCCUCUUCCUUCAAUUGAGUCCAUUACCUGCUCCCAGACAAAAAGGAAAGCAGUCUCCUCACCAGUGGAAGAGAGCGAAGCGGGUUUUACAGGCCGCCGGUUGAAUUCAAAGAUGCAAGUGUAUUCAGGCUCUAAAACUGCCUACCUCCCAAAGAUGAUGUCUCUGUAUCAGCAAUGUAUCAGAGUCCUCAGUAACAACAUUGACUCAAUCUAUGAAGUGGGUGGUGUCCCUUUCUCAGUGCUGGAGCCAGUAUUGGAGAGAUGCACCCCAGAACAGCUGUAUCGCAUCGAGGAAUGUAAUCACGUCCUUGUUGAGGAUACGGAUCAACUGUGGCACAAUCACUGUCUCCGAGACUUCAAGAAUGAGAAGCCAGAAGAGUUUGAGUCCUGGCGGGAGAUGUACCUUCGACUUCACGACGCACGAGAGCAGCGGCUGCUCAUGUUAGCACGGAACAUCGGCUCAGCUCAUGCCAACAAACCCAAAGGUAGAGUGGCCAAAAUGGCGUUUGUGAACUCUGCAGCAAAGCCCCCUCGGGACGUACGAAGGAGACAAGAGAAGUUUGGAACUGGAGGACCUCUUCUGCCAGAGAAGACCAAAAUAAAACCAGUCCUGUACACAUCUAGCAAAAGCCACGCUCGUGUGAGUGAGGAGCAGUCCUAUGAUGGGCCCAGCACCAGCAGUGCCCAUUCUGUCCCAUCUUCGGGUAGCACCUUCUCCUCCUAUGACCCCAGGAAACCACCAGUGAAGAAAAUUGCACCCAUGAUGGCAAAGACUAUCAAAGCUUUCAAAAACAGGUUCUCUCGGAGAUAAGUUUGCAGUGCAGGUCUGGGACUUUCCCUCUCGUGGGGGAGUGGCACUGAAGGGGGAGAAGGUACCCAAACAGCUCUUUUCUUUGAACUUUUUGGAGGCUGCAGCUGCUGGGAGAAGCUUUGAUCUGCACAAGACAACAGCACAGUAUUUUAUCUUUUAUUCUGGUCCUUUUCUCAGUGUCAAGUCCCCCUCUUUUUCCCCUGCCCUUAACAUCCUGUUUCUAGUUUUGUCAUCUGUCAAAAGAAGGGUGUACAGAAUCUCCUGACGCAAGAAAAUGUGAAGUCUUGGCACCUGCUGAGAGUGGAAAAUCCAGAGACUAUUAACUAUUUAACCUUUUAAUAAAUUAUAAAAUGGUUUUAAUUAAUAUUUUGCCCCUCUAUCCUGCUGGUAUUAUUUAUGUUGCUCCCAGUAGUCUUCCCCCCCUCCCAAUCCAGUACACGGGCCAGCCCUCCUGUGACUAGAGCUGGCAGGAAUCCAUCUGUCUGAGUGGAUACUGGGUGUCAUGGGAGUCUUUCCUCGUGAUCUGGUACCUGCUGGGCCCAAAGUCCCUCCUGGACUCUCUGGAACAGGUAGGACUGGUGGCCCAUCUGCUCGUCGAUCCUUUGGCAAGCGCAUCAAGUCCUGAGGCUUUGCUCUCGUGUAUGUUAAUAAAAUUUUAGCUCUCAACCUUCUCUCUGCUGUUACUGUAGAUCUUGUACGGAUGCUUACGUUGUUGUGCAGGGAUGUCAGGAGCCAUUGGGGACUUUUUCUCUGCUGCUGUUGUCUUCUGCUGGCUACUGGGAAUAAAACUACGAGGGGUUUAGGGAGAAAUUUUACUGUGCACCAAGUCAGAUUUUAAC